CAUUUUUAUAGGUACUUGUUAUCGCAAAUAUUGUAUUCGUAGCAGAAAGUAGAAUAAUGGAACAUAUUUUUUUCUUGAAAACGUAAACCUCUCUGAUUCAACCGAGAAAAAAAUCGUUAAAGAAUACAAAGUAGAAAAAUAUUCUGUGUAAAAAUGCCUCAAAUAAUGUUGGAACAAAUGAUAGCGUAAUAAUAGCGGUUAUCUAAAACACGAAACAAUUAUAAGUAAUCGGAUUCUUGGGGGCUUCAAGUACGCGUAAAAAAAAUACGUGUUCAUAAGUAUUAUAACAACUCUGCAUCGUACGAACGACAUUUACAUCAAAUAAUUAGGGUAUUUACCUUUUAUAUGAAUGAAAUUAACUAAUAGCAUUUUUAGUAGUCACACCUAAUUAAUUCUAUAAAAUUUUUGACUUAACAAAAAUUCCAAAUUUUUUGCAAAAUUGUUCUCAACGAUACGCUUGGUUAUAAACAUACAUAGAGCUGACUCGAAUGUAUGUAUUCAAAAUUAUGCGUCGACAGUCGGACUGGGAUCACGAAUGAAAAUAAAAAGACGUGAACCCAUUGUCUCAUGGUAGGAGCCCAUAGGAACCCUCAUAUAUGUAUAGUGAUUUGUGCGACUGAAUAAUGAUAUGGAAAGGAGCAUUCGAUGUUUAUUUAGUAUAUUUAAAUGUGGGAGAGAGAGACGACGUGUGCUUGAAACAACGAAUAUGGCGCUUAUAUAAGAAUUGAAUUUAAGGGUGUUGAUAUCAAUGAGAUUUGAAUUCGUUUUUUACUUAAGAAACAUUUAUUUAUGAUUUAGCAAGUCUUACAGAGAUUAACAGAAAAGUAAAGUGAAAUCAAUUUCAAUAGUUUGGGCUAAUACAAAACAAUUAAAACCGUUAAUUAUUGGACUAAUUAUACUACUUUUGUGGCUCAUACAUGUAGACUGUGGGUCCGCGGGCGACAACUAGUAAUCAAUCCGGAUCAUACGAUCAAUUCAAUUAUACCGUAAAGCUAUUUCAACCAGGGAACGAUCUAAACGGAUGGAUGAUAAAUGUUUCCACGAAAUCAUAGGAUAUCAGAUUUCCGCUCGCCACAGGUUUGCAAUCCGCUAGGACAGAAAAUUGCCAACAAUUUACUCUCUAAAAAAGUGGAAAACGUAAAAUUUCGAAACCAGCAUUCAUUUUUAUAUGUGAUGUAGAUACUAAAUAAAUAUUAUCCGAUGCAGCCGGAACAGAAGCAACAUUUCCAAAACCAAGCAAUCUUUUUGUUGACAGAUUCCCAAGAAUCCCGUUUCGAUUCCAUAAAACAAAAACUGGAGCAAGAUCCAGCUACUAUGGCUGUAGCAAAUGGAGUCAGCGAGAAUACGGUUCAAGGUGAAAUGAACCUUGUUAUUUGAGAUAGAAGGAACAGUUCUGCUAGCAGAACGGAGCAAGAAGGCAUGUUGAAGGAACGAGAGAGUUCGGAGGACUCCCCCGUGGCUCCCGACGAGUGCGCGGGGUGCGGGGGGAGGAUCCAAGACAGGUAUUACCUACUGGCAGUAGACCGGCAAUGGCACGGCACGUGCCUUCGCUGCUGCGAGUGCCGUCUGCCCUUGGACACCGAACUCACUUGUUUCUCCAGAGACGGCAACAUUUACUGCAAGGAAGAUUACUACAGGCUGUUUUGUGUGAAGCGUUGCGGCAGGUGUGGGAACGGGAUUACGGCUAAUGAGCUGGUGAUGAGGGCUCGGGACCUGGUGUACCAUCUGACCUGCUUCACGUGCGUCGCUUGUGGUACUCAACUGUCAAAGGGAGAUGUCUUCGGGAUGAAAGAAGGCCUCGUGUAUUGCAGACCUCAUUACGACAGCGCGUGCUUAGAUGACUACUGUGAUGAUGAUAUUAGCAGCGUUUAUAGAUGUCAAGAUUUGCAUAGUGAAGGCGACUCGCCGCAGUAUUACAACGGAGGGCCCAGCCAGAAGGGACGGCCCAGGAAGAGGAAGAUGGCGCAGGGGUCCCCAGACGACAUGCAGGUCCAGACCAUGAGAAUGGCCAGCACUGCUCUAGAAAUACUUCACCGAGGUGACCUGUCAUCAUCCAUGGAGUCUUUGGCCUAUGACUCGUCAGUGGCUUCGCCAGGGAGUGUCUCCAGCCACACGCAGCGCACCAAGCGCAUGCGUACCAGCUUCAAGCACCACCAGCUCCGCACCAUGAAGUCUUACUUCGCGAUCAACCAGAACCCGGACGCCAAAGACUUGAAGCAACUCGCUCAGAAGACGGGACUAUCGAAACGGGUUCUGCAAGUUUGGUUCCAAAACGCUCGCGCGAAAUGGCGACGCAACAUGAUGCGACAAGAAUCAAGCAACGGCCCUGGGCAUACCAACGGCUCCAUUGUCCCAGGGCCCGUCCCACAGCCCAAUGUUGGGCCAGGCUCCAUGCUGCUCUCAGAACCUAUGCAGACCAUCGAGGAUAUGAGGGUCCACACUCCUCAUCCCCACCCGAUGAGCUUCAACGAGCUGUAUUGACAAAACAUGACGCGGUUCUAUCUAGAAAAGAGGCUAGGCGCACAAUUACAUGGAAGGCAAGGGUUUUAGUAAUAAACUUGACGUUGAGAAGACGAUGGAUGUUUCAGGCAGAAAUGACCUUGGCUUAAUUGACAAGUUCAUUUCUCUAAACCAUAAUGCUGAGAAUGACUUUAAUAAGUCGAAUCUAGAAAGUCACGACACCUUCGAAAGAGUACUUAUUAUUCCUAGCGCUAAUUCCAGCUAACUAGCUAGCCUGCUCGAGUGUACAAAAUGAGAUGUAAAAGUAACAUCAGGUGUCGAAAUAUGGUUUUAAAAACUUAUGAGACUUUCUUGCUUGCUUAUUGUGCAGACAUUGAAGAAUAUAACCAAAGAACAUGAACAGCGGUUGAUAACUCCAUCGUCUUCGUGACGCCGAAAUGGAAAAGAACACAGGAAAAGAAGGACUGCAUAAUAAAGAGGACUGGCCGCUUGAAAAUGUUUUAGAAAAUCGCGAAAGAUUGUAGUCCUUUAAAUUUAAAAUGUAGAUGUAUUAUAUAUUUAUUUUUAUUUGCCGCAUAAUUUUAUUCGCUUCUAGAAAGGUAAGAAUGGCAGUAUUUAAUCAAUCAUGGACUUAAAAAAAUGCCUUAGAAGGGCAAUAAUCAAGAAUUAAUUGAAACAUUUCACUAAUUAGACUCUUUGAACAGAAUAGUGUUAUUAAGUAACAAUAAUUGAUGUUAAUAGAAGUAAGUAA